GGCCAGCAGUCGUGUCUAGUGUUGGGUUCAAUGACCUCUUUAUUUACCAAUUUUGAAUACUUCUUCAUUAUCAGAAUUCAAACUGCUUGACAAUUAAUUUGGAAUUUUCAAAGGGAAUCGUCGGUACGAAGGUUUGAAUGAGAGUGCAAUUUGACCAUGCGUUUCCCAUUGGAUGGAAGAUUUGCCAGAGUGUCGUUAACUAUAGAGACAGACAUUGCUUCAUGAAGAAAAUGCUGUCAUUGUAAGGUGGAGUUAGUGAAGCACGGCAUGCAAGAGAUGCGCGGAGGUCAAAGAUAGCUAUGGAAUACAUUUCAAAUCCUUCUGAAUACCAGAACCCUUUUGGUUUUCGGCUACAGCCUCCUGACAAGGAUCGAGAUGCUGUCGGCUCCAGCAGAGACUCUGUGGCAAGUUAUAAGCAACGCAUCGACUCAAUGUUUGGUGAAAAUCACUCAGUGGCGAGUGGAACACACAGUAGGAGACCUCGCAGGGACCCACGAAAAACACAAUCCGUCAUUGAUGGAGAGGAUGUUGUCAGCAAGAUGAUUGAAAACGACAAUAAAAUGCUCAUUAAAAACAUGGUGCAAGCAAGAAUAGAGAAAAUGUUUGAAGAAGUCGAAGGUUCAGGAGAUAUCAAGACACCAAGGUCGAAAGUUGAUCCCAGUACAUUUUUUGUGGAUUAUUUAGGAUCUCUUCCGUUAGCAAAUAAGGUUUCUUCCCUCGAAGGAUUACAAGAGCCCUUGAAGGAACUUUAUCUGAAUUAUAAACAAAUGGGAAAUAUCAAUCCAGUAUUUGAAGACACUCUAGAAAUUUCCAAUUGUGGAUUGAAAGUUAAAUAUUUGAAUGAAGAGCAAGAUGAAAUCAUUGAACAGCUAAAUCCUUUUCCUACAAUUGCUGUUUGGGCAGCUGUUAAGUUUGUUUGCCGGCCAAGAGGUCUUGAUGUAGGAAAAGAAUUUGGAUUGGAGUAUGCUUUUCUCCCUCUAAUCUCGGACCCAGAGAGUGUUGACAAACUGACACUGUUCAGAAAACUCACACCCAAUGAAGCAUCUUACUUUACAGGAGAUUACUACAGUGAUCAUUCACCUCUGUUUGUGGCUGUUAUGAGAAAACUAGGAGUUUCCCGUCAGCUGGAAUGUCACGGCUUUGUUUGUGAUUCAAGUGAAAAUGCUAUCGUCAUAGCGGCAAACCUAUACAAAGCCCUUGUCAUCACAAUGGCUAAAACUCAGUCUUCCGAAGAAAAUGGAAAAAAGAGAAAUUUAAAACACAAGAAUGGCUUGAGCAGUGUUUGCAGUGUUGCGGGCUCUAGCUUAGCCGAGGAUUUAAACCAGUUGUGUAUAUCAAAAGAUGAGCAAAUCCCACCUAAACUACCUCCAGCAAACCCCAGAAAAAAUUGGAGUCCAAUUUCAUCCACCACAAAUAUAUUUCAAAAUAAAAGCUUACUGGUAAAAAUUCCGCCACCAAGACCUCCACGAAAAGGUAGAUCAUCACCCAGUCAAACCUCGCGAGACACUGUGGUGCUUCGAGUAAGUCACCCUGACCCUGAUGAAAUCCUUCAACUUCCUAGUCCUGAAUCAGAAUCACCACAAUUUCCUAAAUCCAAUAGUUUUAAUUUUAGUAGUACAAACAAAAUAGAAAACACUAUGAGUUCAAUAAAGAAUGGCCCAGGUAACUCAGACUGCGAGUUUCAAAAUAGGGAUGCAACAGAAAGACUAUCUUAUAUAGAUAGGAAUUUUGUAGGAAAACAAAGUAGUUUUAGCAGAAAGGAAAAUUCUGAUAGAGGUGAUAUUUUGACCAAAGUUGCUAUUCCAAGAAGCCAUAGUUUCUUAAAUGCCAAUGGUCCGCUUAGUUCUAGAUACCAUCGACAUCCUAGCUCAGCACCACUUGUUGGAAAUGCAAUUCAAAGGAAGAAUAGCGUUGGAAGCCCCCUGGGUUUGAAUGAAUUAUUCACAGAAUUUCGACUGCAAGAAGGGCUCAACAACAUGGAAGAAAUAUUAAAUGCAAUCAUCGACCCUAAUGGAAUGUCUUUCAACGAUCUCAAGCCUAUAUAUAAAGAAUUUUUGCUGAAACUGGCAGUUACACUUACAAAGGAUGAAAUGUAUCAACGCAGCAAAUCCAUUAUGCAACGGCAAAAAAAUCGAAGGAAAAAGAUAAAUAGUAAAAGCAGUAAGCUGAAAAAGACAUUUACAACCACAGGAUUUCGAAGAGCAAUAAGAAGAUCGUUGCUAAAAUUCAGAUUUAAAAAAUCAAAGCCUAGCAAAUUCAAAUUAUCAUCAGUUUUAUUCCCUUCUUGUUCCAGAUACAAGAGUCCAAAUCCCAUACAAAAGAGUGCCACUUGUCUAAAAAGCUAUGGGUUCCCUUACAGCUCAUCAUCAAACGAGUCUUCACUUUUGCCAAGUAAACGUAGAUCAUUUCAAGUUCAGAAAUCGCAAUCUAAUGCAUUAAGUGCACAAUUAUCGAGAGAAAAGUCUUUAAGUGUUUCCCCUCCUAAGUCAACAACUCCAUUAAAAGAGCCAAAACGAAAAGGCAAUAGUUUCUCUGGGGACAGUGAUUUCUUUAGUUUGAUAGUCCCUGAGAAAAAUGGGAAACCUUCACCUCAAAGCAAGAACAGACCUCAUGGAUCCGAGAACUGUCUCCAUCAAGCAUCCAGUGGUUACUUUUCCUGUAGUGAUUGUAGUUACGACAGUGAAUCAUGUACAUGUGCAUCUGCAGAUAAAUGUUACUGUUCAAUGGGUAAGCACGGUCCCACAAUCGAGUUGAGUGAGAACGAUCAAAAAAACGACUCAUUAGUAUCAUGUGAAUGUGAUACAGACAGUUGCUUUGAAAGUGAAAAAUGUUAUUGCAAUCAGAAACGAAAACCUUCUCUUUUUGAACAAUUGAAAGAACAAGGCUUUGCAGCAUCCGAGUCCAGUUUGUCAAGAGCCAACUCUCCAAAUACCGCAUGGCAGAGAAGCGAAGCUGAAAUCAAAGACAAAUCCAAAUAUUCCAAACAGAAUAAAACGGAAUUACAACCCUCUAAGAGCUUAGAGUUUUUGAAAAUCCGUUCUCGUUGCAAUUCAACAAGCCAAUUGAACAUGGAAGAGAAGCACUGUGGUGGUUUGAAUAACAUCUACCAAUCACCGGUAGAGGUGUUUGAAAAUGGAUAUAGACAAGAUCAAGAGCGGAAAAGUUCCUUCAGCAGUAGCCCAGUAACAUCUUCUUCUGAAAGUAAACUCAACAAAUCUCUCAGCUCACAAAGAAGAAGUUACAGUUCUGACAACCUUGCUCUGGACUACAACAUGUUUUCUACAACGUCAAAAGCAGAUCAGGACUCUCCAGUAGAAGCUAGUGUUCACCAGAGGAAAGUGCUGGUUGUCUCUACAAGAGAUCCCAAAGGAAGAGUUACCUACAUGAGUGCAGCUCAGCGUUGCCAUACUCCUAUUCGUAUCUUUAAUUCAAAGACCGAUGGUACAGCUGAUGCACUUUCUGUUAAGAAGUCAGCUGAAAUUGCAGCUUUGUUCUCAAAUGUAAAAUUCAACCAUAGGAGUGGUAGCUCAAUCAGCAGUGUUAAGGAAGAAGCAAUUUACAACACCUUGGAACCUCAUGAUUAUUUUUAUUCAAAAGGAAGCUCUAGCUAUAUGAAAACCUCAAGUUUGGAGAACUCACUAGGGUAUUUUCCAUAAAGAUUUGUAUUUUUAAUGGCAUAGCACACCGAAUUCAUCAAUUUUAAAUACAUUUUACUAUUUCAAAUCACAAAUUGUUUAAGUAAGGAGAUCAUGAGAAAAUUGUUCAUUGGUACACUAAUUAUCUAAGAGUAAGAAUUCAGAUAUAGCAUAAGGAGUAUAAUUGUUACACCAUUUCCCGAUUAUUAUCUGACCUUAUACACAAAAAUAUAUUGAGGAAAGACAAAACGUAUAAAAUAAGCCUAUUGUAAAUGUGUUUAUUGUUGCAUUGUGAUAACAUUUAUCAUAAUAAUCUUAGUUUUUUCUAAAACUCAAAUGAGUGAAAAUAUGUUUAAUAUAUUCAUUUUUAUAACCCUUUAUAAAUUAUGUAUUUAA